UUCUCAAAAAAGAUGAGAUGAUAUCAUAUCUUUAGAAAAAUGUUCACAGAAAGGUUAUUCUAAUAAUACAAAAUUACAUUUGAAUAUGCAAUCAUGGCGGACCGGCUUCGUCAGAUGGCUCAGCGGCUGAAGGAUAAAGUACAUCUAGUACAGAUAAGUUCAAACAGUCGUGAAAAAGUUGAUCAGUUGAUCACAAAGUAUGUUCCAGCCACUAAGAUGAAUGAAAUCGCAGAAAAAUUUAAAUAUACAAGUGUAUCACAAAAAGUGCAAGAUCUAGUUUCAAAAUAUGAAAAGUUCACUGGAGUUGAAGAGAUAAUGGCUAUUCAAAAUACUGUUAUUGAGGCACAGGAAAGGUUUAUUGACGCACAAGAGAGGCGGAGAGAACUUGGCAGAGAGCUGGCUUCCAUUGAGGCACGCCUGAAAGAGCUGCAUGCUGAAAUGCAAAACACUAUGAAGGGUGAUGAAAAAUAUCUUCAACUAUGCACAGAAGAGCAUAAGUUAAUCAUACAAGAGAGAGCACUAAGAACACUAUUUUCGGAUGCGGAAAGAGAGGAAAGGGAGCUUUUCGCCACAAUGUCUGCUGCGGUGAAGCUAGGCCAUGAACGGGAGAGAGCACAUGCUGAACGUAAUAAAUAUUGGUACAUAGUUGCUUCUAUAUUUGGUACAGUGUUAGGUAUAGCCGGUUCAACAAUCAAUAACCGCCUCAAAAUGGCAGAGUUUCGUGACAUGAUGGAGCAACAGAUGGCGCGUAGUGCGAGCGUGCUUUAUACCAUCGCGGGCGGCGGCAGCGCCAGUAAAGCGGACAUUACUGAAGCCAUGAAAACUGAAUUCGCUUAUCAGGAGCAACUUGCACAAAAUCUACAACUGAUGCAAGAUAAUAUAAAUCAUCUAGUCAAUAAACAAUCAUCAUUAAUAGAGCAUUUAAAUCAUCAAGAACAUGUAAUGGAAACUCAAAUAAAGGAACUAAAACGAUUAGUGGUUGCGGCGUCACAGACCAGCGCCAAAUCGGACGCGGAGCUCGCCAAAGCGCUGAAUGCCGUCCACCAGGAUCUAGACGAUGUCGAAAAAGAUAAAGACGAACUGCAACACAAAGUCGUAUUGGAACCAAAUCAAAUAUUUACUGGAAUUGGAAUAAUAAUAUGUGCUGCCAUCAUUUUCGGCAGCAUAAUGGGUCGCGUCAGCUGAGUAAUAUAAGCAUAAUGUCUGAAUUGCUUGUCCACACUUUAAAUAAUUAUCUUUGCCACCUUUAAUUUUAAACGGCUGACAACACAGCUUUCAUACUGAAUAAGUUUUCAACCGCUUUAUUUGCUUUAUGUAAUAUGAGCAACUUCUGACUUUAAAAAAUAAUAACGGCAUAAAUUAAU